AUGCAACUGACAACAGAAACUAUAUCCGAGUGGCACGACAAACCGUUGGCCGAGAUCACAGAGAUCAAAGCAACAAAGAAAGAAAUCUCUGCCAUCGACGACGUCUCAGCAUGCUCCUCGCUACGAAAACUGGAUCUCAGCAAUAACACGUUAUCAAGUGGCGCUCUUGCACCAUUGAACUCCUUGACCACAUUAACGUGGCUCAACCUGGCAAACAAUAACAUUACAAUGUUGAAAACACUGAAAAACUUACCCAAACUCACAGUUCUCAACGUGAGCCGAAAUCGCUUAAACACGAUCGAUCCAACCAUCGCGACCUUUAAAAGUCUAAAGGCACUUAUCCUCAACAAUAACGAUAUUUCGUCCGUGGAUGGUGAUUCAUUUGCCUCGUUGGCAGACCUCAACACACUAGUGCUGUCACACAACUCUAUUGAGAUGAUGCCACCAUUACCCGCAUUGACCGGUCUGUUCAAGCUCUCGCUAGCACACAAUGAGCUGAAGGAUUUGCCCGAUUUCUCCUCCAAUACCGCCCUCAAGGAACUCAGAGUCAACGAUAAUGAAAUUAGCAAGAUACCUGAUACCCUACGAAAUUGUGGCUCGCUCGAGAUUCUGGACUGUGGAAACAACGGCCUUGCUGAGUGGCGGGAUGUUGCUGCACUUGGUUCGCUGUUGAAGUUGACCAAUCUUAAUCUGAAAGGAAACCCAAUUACCCUUAAGGAAAAAUAUGAACAAAAGAUUCGUCAGCUGUUGCCAACUUUGCGUGUUCUGGAUGGUGAACGCUUUGAUGCCAAGUUCCUCGAACGAAGGGAGAAACAGCGAGCCAAUCCAAAACUGAUGGAGAAAAAGCAGCGUUUGAAGCGUGCUAAAGAAGAAAAGGAAGAGGCGAAAAUGUUGCUGGAAGCAGAGGAAACUCCACGCAAGAAACGCUCACGAUAUGACGACGAAACCGCUGCGAGCCGUGCCAAGAAACAACAGCGCAAGGAGGAAGGCGAGCCUGAAGAUCUACAGAAUACAUCCAAGCCAAAAACCAAGGUCAAGAAGCCUGUUCUGGCAGCGACGAGUACAGUUGCGUCUGCAAACGAUGAUAAGAAAAAGAAGAAAAAGGAGGAUACCAAAAAAGCAGAUGUCAAGGCAGCUCCAUCGGCAACAGCAAACAAGCCUACAACAAAAGAAAGCAAGAAACAGGUGCAAACCAAGACGGCAUCUACUACUACAAACGAACCGAGCAAGAAGCGCAAGGACGCAUCUGCCGACAAAAAGAUCGAAAACCAAGCAACAACAAAAGAGCCAACAGAGAAGAAGCGAAAGACGAAUAAAGCUGGUGGAUCAGCAAAGGGCGGUGAUCAAUUCUUUGUCAAAAACGGAGGAGAGGAUAAGAAAGUUAACAACCAGAAUGAAUCAGUUCGCUCGGUCUCGGAUGCUCUGCGUGAACGAUCUGGCAUUGUCGGCGUGGUGGAAAUGACUGAGAAUCAAAAGAAAGCUGCCAAGUCGGAAGUGGAUGUGCUGGAUGUGCUGCUGAAUCAAAAAGAAAAGGAGACGAGUACAGGCACCGGUUUGGAUGUUGGCGGAUGGGAUGAUUAG